CGGAAAAAUUAAAAACCCUAAUUUUGAGCAGAUCUUUCCAAUUGAAACCAAACCGUGAAAUCAAGAGCUGAGAGUGGGGAAAUUUCACUUCACCGACGGCGGAAAAAAUGCUUGGUGGGUUAUACGGAGACCUUCCACCACCGUCCGAUGAUGAGAAACCCAGCGGCAACUCCUCCUCCGUCUGGUCAAGCAAUACCAAAAUGGCUCCGCCUACGCUUCGCAAACCACCGGCUUUUGCUCCGACGCAAACGAUUCUAAGACCUUCAAACAAACCCAAACCUGUCGUGUCGUCGUCACCCUACAAGCCUCCUCCUUCGUUGAUUACUCCGGCGAUAGAGUCAGCAUCUUCGCAGCCAGCAUUGAUCGGUGUGACAUCAUCUGUGAUCGAAGAGUACGAUCCAGCGAGACCUAACGAUUACGAGGAGUAUAAAAGGGAGACGAAGAGGAAAGCUAUGGAAGCUGAGAUGAAGCGAGAGCUGGAUAAGAGAAGGCAAGAGGAAGAGGAGAGAGAUAAGAGGGAAAGGGAAGAGAGGGAGAAGGAGAGAGAGAGAGAUAACAGUGAUCCGACUCGGUUGAAUAUCUCAGGCGAGGAAGCGUGGAAGAGACGCGCAGCUAUGAGCGGUGGUGGGAAGCGGAGAUCUUCGUCUCCUCCGCCUGGGAAUGUUGACGGGUUUAGUAUUGGGAAAUCGGAGACGAGUGGGUUAGGAGUUGGAGCAGGUGGGCAGAUGACAGCUGCUCAGAGGAUGAUGGCAAAGAUGGGAUGGAAACAGGGACAAGGGCUUGGGAAAUCAGAGCAAGGUAUCACUACGCCGUUGAUGGCUAAGAAGACUGAUCGUAGAGCUGGUGUGAUUGUGAAUGCUAGUGAACACAAGUCUGUGGAGAAGAAGGUUAAGAGUGUUAAUAUCAAUGGUGAACCAACCAGGGUUCUGCUUCUUAGAAACAUGGUUGGGCCAGGAGAAGUAGAUGAUGAGCUAGAAGACGAGGUAGGAGGCGAGUGUGGCAAAUACGGUACAGUCACUCGUGUACUGAUAUUUGAGAUCACUGAAAAGGAUUUCCCUGUACACGAAGCAGUCAGAAUCUUUGUUCAGUUUUCAAGACCCGAGGAAACAACUAAAGCCCUUGUGGAUCUCGAUGGGAGAUACUUUGGAGGAAGGACCGUGCGUGCAACGUUUUAUGAUGAGGAGAAAUUCAGUAAGAACGAGUUGGCUCCAGUUCCAGGUGAAAUCCCUGGCUAUUAGCUGACAACAACUCCCAAGAAACACACUGCAUCUUCUUCUUCUUCUAUAAGAGAUUCUUGAUAGAGGAAAAAAUAAACCAUAAUAGAUGAGGUUUUAAAAACAUUUGUAAAGUACUUUAGAAACUUUUGGGAUCUAUCUGUUUAUUGUUGAUUAAAGUAGCUUCGUUAAUGAUGAAGAAAUGUUCCUCUUCUUUUGA